AUGGACUAUUAUGGAAGAGUUUUAGUAAAUAAUAUUGUUUCGAAUAUUAAUCCGAUAAAAAAUAUUAUACAAAAUAAAUCUGUUAAAGGUGCUUGGGCUUAUUCAACAGAAAUAAAAGUUCAAUGUUUUUCUGGUGAUUCUUUAAUUAGAUUAUCAAAUGGUAAAAUCAAACACAUAGCUAAUCUUAAAACAGGUGAUGAAAUUAUUACUAUUGAUCAAUCAAAUAUUAUUUCAACUGAAAUGAUAAUGAUGUUAGAUAAACACAUAUCAAAACAAGCUUUAUUUUAUAAAUUAAUAACAGAAUCUGGUCAUGAAAUAAGUUUAACUGAGUUUCAUUUGAUACCAAUUAUUUCUUCAACUAAAAAUCAAAUUUAUUUAGCUGCAAAACAAAUUCAAAUAGGAGAUCUUUUAUAUGUUUUAUUAAAUGAUAAAUUAGAAUAUUCUCCAGUUAUUAAUAUAACUAUUCAAACAAAAAAAGGUUAUUAUGCUCCAUUAACAAUCAAAGGUACAUUAUUAGUUAAUAAUGUUUUAGCAAGUUGUUUUGCAUAUGCUAAAAAUCAUCAUUCAGCACAAUUUUAUAUGUUUCCUUUUCGGUUUUAUUAUAAAUUGACUCGAUUAUUUUAUAUAAAUGAUCCAUUUAAUUGUGACAAAUCAGAAGGUUUACACUGGAUUAUUUCAAUUAUGUUCAAUUUUGCACGUUUUUUUCGACCAGAAACAUUACUUUCAUAA